AGUUGUCCGUCUGAAUGCUUUAUAACCCUUCAUCAGGAAAAUUGUAGCUAGUCGAACUCAGCCAAUGCACAGCGAUUGAUCAUGUCUGGAAGAUGCUCUAUUUGUGACGUGCCUUUCAACUCUGAAUCACAGAAAACAGCCCACUACGAAGGAGCUAGACACAAGAAGAAGGCGGCAGCUGUGGAACUCGGUUCAAGCUCAACAGAACGUGAAUCUGACACUGCGCGCGAAUCUACUAGCAGCACCGUACCAUCAACGACGGCUCUUGUACAUGUGUACCCGAGAAUGUGUGAAGUUUGUCCUAACGUCCAGCUGACGUCAUUAGGCAUGGCAGAGAGUCACGAGAGUGGUCACAAACACAAGAAGAAACUUGACCAAGUCAGAACAGCGUCUGUACUGAACCACAGCGUUAGGGACUCAAAUGCUGUCACAGCUUACGUCGACACUACUGAUGGCAGCUCUCAGAAAUCGAGUGACGAGUCUGACAUAGAUCCAAAUGAAAACAUCGACAUGUGCUAUAUUUGCCGGUGCACUUUCAAUCACUUAGACCAAGCCAAAAAGCACUACCAAGGAAAAGAGCAUGUGAAGAAAGCGAAAGCGAGAGAGCAAGUGGACGAAUUGAAAGAAAAAGGAGAAACAGUUUAUUUUUGCGACACUUGCUCUGCUCUUUGUAACAGUUUUGACAUGCUCGAGAUACACAACAGGAGUGAAAGCCACCGAAAAAUGAAGGAAACGACUGUAGAAAAAUUAAUGGCAGCCUCUCCUGUCAAGGUUUUGAAAGCCCCAAAAAGAGAACACGAAAGGCUGAAAAAUACAUCUUUGCAGCCUAGGCCAUAUACGGAGUUGAUAUACAGAGUACCACGAAAAUAUCAGCAAGAGCUGUAUACAAAAAUUCUGAGAGACAACACGAUUUGCUUUCUUCCUACCGGAAUGGGAAAGACCCUCACCUCUACUCUAGUUGUGAGUCACAUGAUGCAAGCCAAUCCUACAAGACAAGUUGUGUUUGUUGUUGACAGGAAGAUACUUGUUUUUCAACAAGCUGAUGCUAUGUUAAGUGAUCUAAAAUCAGUCCUUUUACCAUAUGGUGAUGGCACGUCUUCUCACGCCCCUCGUAUUGCUUCAGUUUGUGGAGACAAGAGAGUUCUUGCUGAAGGAUGUCGCAAAUUGUAUGAACACGAUCUCAUUGUUAUCACUGCCGGGAGCUACCUCAAUCUACUCAAGACAGAAGAACUACGUUGGGAUGACGUGUCUUGUCUCAUUCUAGAUGAGGCACACCAUUGCACCAAGAAACACCCGUACAAGGUGCUUGUUAAGAAGUACUAUGAUGACGAGGCUGGAGAAUUUAAUCAUCAUCCGAAACUAGUAGGUCUGACUGCGUCUCCAGCUGGAGACGACACCGUUUUAAAAACGGAGAAAAAGUUGACUACACUAAUGAAAAACAUGUCAUCAAAACUGGCAAAAGUGACAGAAAAUGAGGAAGAAUUUAGAAAGCAUCAGCCAACGGCAAAGAUUCGUUGCGUGAAGGCUUUCUAUUCGGAGGAAGAGAAGCAAUUGGCAAUGAUUGUCUCACGUUACGCUGCCGCCUGCUUUGACAAAGCCAGCGAAGGAGAGGAACUAGCAGGUCUUGCAGAAAUCAAGAUAGAAGAUAUCCGGAGUAACGGUCUUGACUCGGAAAGCGUAAAAAGGUUGUCGCAAUCUGCCAAGAUUUAUCUUGAAAAUUGGCAAGUGUCAGACAAAACACGUUUCUAUCUAAAUCAUUUGGAGACUAUUUGCGGGGCUUGGUCUAUUCUUCACGAGGCUGGAAUAGAAGCGUGUCAGGAGCACAUAGCAUCACUGAAAGAGGAUUUACAGACUGCAGAAAGUCAGACAUACUCACUUCCUGCCCAAGAAUUGCGUGAGUGUGACAAAAUACCAGCGGGGAAAGCCGUGGGUACGGGCGUUGACGCUCUGCUCAAAGAGCUUCUAGCUCUUCCGUGGGAGAAGCGCCACCAAAAGUCACAAAAGAUGUUUGCAUUGGUUCUCGUUCAACGACGAGAGGCAGCUUCAAAGCUGCAAGACUACCUAAACGAACACGAAGAGCUGAAAACUAAGGGUUUGAGCAUUGCAAGGAUUGUAGGUCACGGUAAGAGUGGUCAGGAUGGAGCAGGUCCCGGAAUGACAACCGCACAACAGAAAUCCACUAUGACAGACGUCAGAGAAGGAAAUCAUCAGAUCGUCGUCGCUACUAGUGUCGCCGAGGAAGGACUCGAUUUACCCGAAUGUAGAUUGGUCGUUCAAAUGGAUGUUCCUCGCACCGUCACGUCGCUCGUGCAGAUACGAGGUCGAGCCAGAGAGAGGGGAGGAGAGUUUGUGGCAAUCUGUCGAGAUGAAAAUCAAGAAGCCAAAGUGGAGUGUCUGCUGCGACAAGAAGAGAACAUGAAUAUUGCAACCACAAAUAUUGUGAAGAAACAGAUGCUGGAGCAAAUGGCAGUGGUUGCAAAGUAAAGAUGUUUGUCUAUGUUGAACAACUUAGUUGUCAUACAGUCGAAAAUAUGAGUCUGACUGUUAACAUUUUGUAAUUAGACUACAGGAAAAAAUGUUUAGUGCCUAACGAUAAUUGUAGCGUUUCAUGUAUGGGGUACAAAAUACAAAGUUUCAAUUAUUUGAGACAACAACAUCGUUCAUCUUCAUCUGAUAGGCAGAUCAGUACAAUGAGAUUGCCAGGUGCUGAUCCAGGACCUGAGUGAAGGGCACACAACCUGCUUGGCACACAAUCUACUCGGCACACGAACGGAGCCGGAUUUUUUUAUCGACAUAGACGUUUCAGACUGGCUUACUGGCUUACUAGAUGUAAUACCAACUCUGACAUGCUAACUAUAAACUGAAA